UUACGUACAUAACUAACAAACACAAUUAGCAUGAUAGGCCUUAUAGUAACCAUUUACUUCUGUUCCGCGACUUGGGCAUGGAUCGAUCCAGAUUAUUGUCAAAUCAACGCGUGUGAUGCUGUGGAGUCAAUGCAAAGAGCUCUGGGUGCACAACUGACGAUUCUAAAUAACAGCGAGAAUGAUUUACGUUACGAAAUUGUUAAAUUAGAACGAAGAGUGCGAUCUUUGGAACAACCUGUUUGGCCCAUUUCCAAUUCAGAGGACCGCUGGCAUGAUUGUGUUCAGGGACCGUGCAAAUGUAAGCCGGAAACUAAAAGUGUAUCGUGCUGGAACAAACAUGUCAUGGCACUGCCUCUCGGUCAAGUUAUUCCACAAGAUUUGCAAACACUGGACUUGGGUGUCAAUUUCCUAACAACGUUAAAUAAGGAUUCCUUCAAGCACCUACCGCGCUUGAGUCAGUUGGACUUAUUCAAUAACAAGAUCAAUCACCUCCCGGACAAGAUCUUCGAGCAGUUAUGGGAAAUACAAUACUUGACUGUCCACAAGAAUUUCCUUCAAGAAGUUUCCGAGGGUAUAUUCACAGACUUAAAAAAUCUGCGAACGCUUGAUUUAUCGUAUAACAAACUCAAUUCGUUACCCUCGCGCUUAUUUUCAGGAAACCCUAAUUUAGUAGUUCUAUACCUAUCAGGAAACAUGGUGAAGAUAUUACCGGUAGGGUUGUUCAACAACCUGCAGCACUUAGAAGAUUUGGAUCUCAGCUCGAACUCAAUGGAGGCCAUACACGAAACCAUUUUCCACGGCCUUUGGAAAGUUAAGCGACUGAAUUUGGCGGAAAACAAAAUUGAAAACCUUCACCUAGACACAUUUAGAGACUUGGAGUCGUUGGAAAAUUUGAACUUACGUAGAAAUCACCUUGUUGUGAUAUCGCCGGUUCUACUUUCUAACUUGGUAAACCUAGCCGUAUUGGAACUAUCAUCAAACAAAAUCGUGAAGAUUAGCGAGGGAGUUUUCGAUUUGGGAAGCCUGAAGGAGUUGCACCUACAGCAGAAUUACAUGUACGAGUUGCCAGAGAACCUCUUUCUUCAGACGCGUAGGUUGGAAAAGCUAGUGCUGUUUUCCAAUACGUUUGUGGAGCUAAGGGAAAAUAGCUUCCGGGGAUUAAGUAACCUUACAUCCUUAGUUCUGAAUAAUAACCUGUUGAAACGGCUUCAUCCCAAGAUAUUCAGUCACGUUCCCAAUUUGGAGAAGUUGCGCUUGGAUAGCAACAGUUUCCUAUAUCUACCAAUGAAAUCGCUCGACUAUCUACAAAAGCUAACCGCAAUUAAAUUAACGAAAAAUCCUUGGCAUUGCGAUUGUAAUACCUUAUACUUAUCAACGUGGAUUAACGAGAAUUCGAAUAAGCUGUGGGAUUCCCAGCCGACUUGUAAAGGACCGGGCGAAUUAGGUGGUGCCGAAAUACGAAGUAUGAAUUUUGACAGUUUGUGUCAUGGACAGUGGGCCAGUAUGAUCAAUCUAUCGGCGCGAAUUCCUGUGCGACCGUCAACACUUACGCCGCACCCGUAGCCUAUCUUUGAUAAAGCUAAUCAGAAAAAACUUGGUAGUACUUGUAAUAAUUUCCAAUCAUUGUUCUCUGGGAAAUGAUUUAAUAGUUAUUCAUGCUGUUGACACCUUGUGUGUGUCCAUAUCUAUCAUUGGAGUAUUUUGUUUUGACAUAGAGAAGAUUUUAUUGUCAUUAAAGAUCAGAAAAAUG